UUGAAAAUUGCGCUUAUUAAAUUACUAUUUAUCUCAGGUACAUAUGAAACAUUUAACUCAAAUAUUGUAUAAUAACUAUCAUCAUUUUUUACUCAAAAAAAAAACUAUCAUCAUUUUGAUACUGUAUAUUCUAUAUAAUUUUAUAAAUUCCGACCCACCUCACACCUUUUUCUGGCUCCGCCCUUGAAGGGUUAAUUAAAGAUGGUAUGAAGAGCCUCACUUGAAUGAACCACUUCUUCCUACUUCCUCAAGGGUUAAAACCGUCCAAGUCAUAUCUUUAAGUUCAACGGAUGAUGUAAUUAUUACUGGGAUUUAUUUACUUUAAUUCAAAUCAUUGGAUGACAAAUGUACACAAUAUUUCUGAGCACAAAAACUGUGAAGCAGCCUAACAAGUCUGCGUCGUCGUUUAUAUUUCACACCAAAUGAAGCUAGGAAGAUGGAAGCUGGUUCUGGCCGUGGCGGUAAUUGCCUUCCAUUGCUCCGUCGCAGUUGCCGAGCAGCGGCGGCGGCUAAGAUUUGAUUCGAAGAAUGGAGAGUUUCGGAUACUUCAGGUGGCGGACAUGCACUUCGCCGGCGGCGAAGUCACUCCCUGCGAGGACGUUCUGCCGCAGCAGGUGCCGUACUGCUCCGAUCUCAACACCACCGCAUUCAUCCGCCGCAUGAUUCUUGCCGAAAAGCCCCACCUCAUCGUUUUCACAGGAGAUAACAUAUUUGGAUUUGAUGCCGCCGAUGCUGCAAAAUCUAUGAAUGCCGCAUUUGCCCCUGCUAUAUCUUCAAACACUCCCUGGGCAGCAAUCUUGGGUAACCAUGAUCAAGAAUCUACACUUUCAAGAGAAGGAGUGAUGAAACACAUUGUUGGCAUGAAGAACACUUUAUCUCAGUUGAAUCCCACUGAGCUUCAUGGUGAUAUUGACGGUUUUGGAAAUUAUAACCUGGAGGUUCACGGGGUUAAUGGCUCUGAGCUGGCUAAUAAAUCAGUUCUUAAUCUUUUCUUCCUUGAUAGCGGGGAUUAUUCUAAUGUCCCUUCUAUCCUUGGUUAUAAUUGGAUUAAGCCCUCACAACAAGUUUGGUUCCAACGUGCUUCUCGUAAGCUUCAGAGGACUUAUAAGAGUGGUCCUGCUGCUCAGAAGACUUCUGCACCAAGCCUAGUAUAUUUUCAUAUCCCAUUGCCUGAAUUUACAAUGUUUGACUCGACAAACUUCACUGGCGUCAAACAGGAAGGCAUUAGUUCUGCUUCUGUAAAUUCUGGGUUCUUCACAACAAUGGUGGAGACUGGAGAUGUGAAGGCAGUUUUCACUGGGCAUGAUCACAUCAAUGAUUUCUGUGGUGAGUUGCUGGGGAUAAAUCUGUGUUAUGCUGGUGGGUUUGGGUAUCAUGCUUACGGAAAAGCUGGAUGGGCAAGGAGGGCAAGAAUGGUAGUAGCAACUUUGGAAAAGACGGAGAAAGGAGUAUGGGGAGAUGUGAAAUCUAUCAAGACUUGGAAGCGUUUGGAUGAUAAAAAUCUUUCAGCAAUUGAUGGUCGGGUGCUUUGGAGCAAAACCUCUGCUGGUGCCCGUAGAAAGAAGACUGGUCGCAUGAGAGUGUAAAUGCAUAAACAUUCUAUUCUAUUUGUAGAAAGAAACAACCUGCAAAUGGCAUAGACGACGACAACGUACUUGAGUCAACACACACAUAUAUAUAGUAACACGGAAAUAAAGCGGAGUGAGUGCUGAACAGUCAAGUUUAGAUGUAAUUGAGUUGUAGUGUUUGCACAAAACUUGAUUGAAUAAAGACUUGCCAUUUAUAUGUGUAGACCUUGGGGAUUUUUUGUGUGGAAAGAAUCAUAAUUCCUCCAUGUUACUAAUCUUUGUCAUUACCGCAUAGAUAAAAGCUUAUGAGUGGCAUAGAUCACCGCAAAGUUUUAUAGAGAAUUUGAUUUUUUUUCCAAAUGCACUUUGGACCUAUGGUUUAAAAAAACAUGUGUGCAUCCCAUAGGUUUAUAAAACUAAUAUUUGCACCUCAUUAUCUCAUAGAUUGUUGGCAAAUGGAGUUUCACAUUA